AUGGAUUUCGUCACUCUGAACCUCAGAGGCACGACCUUCCUUUUUGAUAAAACAUGUAUUGGUGACAAGCUUCUUGAAGACUCCCCACUGUUACAUCUCGACGAGACAUCCCCGUGUUUUCUUCAUGCACGUAACGAGUAUUAUUUCAAUAGAAAUGCUGACAUCUUUGACAGCGUUUUGGAAUACCUGUCUAGAGGGAGUGUGCACGUGCCAAGAAAUAUAUGCACGGUCGUGAUCAAAGCUGACCUUGAGUUCUGGGGUAUUCCAGAGGGACGAGUCGAUCUCUGUUGCUGGAAAUCAUUCUACCAAACUGAAGAAGAUGUUGCCGGUAUCAAAGCCCUCGUGGACCAUAUUCCGUGUGAUGAUACACAGCACGUCGUAUGUCAGAGUUCCACACCUGUUUUGGACGGAAACAGUCAUAGAUGUUCGAUAUUGGAAAUGUCCAUCAGUAAUUUGUAUAACCGUGCUACUUUAGCGGGGAAGGUUUGGUAUUUUAUACAAUGUGUGGCCAUCUUACUAUCCACUGGAUACUCCAUACUUUCCACGGUGUUUAUAUUCAGAAUUCCUGUCAAUGACACUGGCCCGUACCCCUACGCCGUAACUUCCGCCAAAAUGAGGUUAUUUUGGUCUACACGUGUUCAUCCUGCCUUCGUCAUAACGGAUGCAGUGUGUAAUCUGCCUCUUAUGAUGGACUGGAUAUUUCGCUUUGGCUUAGCGACCAACAAAAAGAAGUUCAUGAAAUCGUUUUUGAACUGUGUGGAGCUUUGUUCCUGGACAACCAGUUGGUUUACCGUCUACGGCGAACUGCACAGAUCGGCGAUACGGGUACCGGUAACCGGUGACGGGGCGUUGGGAUAUUUCAUAACAUUGUGUUGGUUUAUCUUCGGAUGUAUAUUAUCUAUGAGGAUGCUUAGAAUUUUCCGAUUGAUUGUCGAUAAUGUUGGAGUAAAAAUCCUAGUUUUAUCAUUGAAGACGAGUGCAAGAGAGCUCAUGUUGUUGGCUACAUCGUUUUCAAGUGUGGUUAUUGUAUUCGCCUUGAUGCUGUACAUAGCCGAAAUCUCCAGUUCAUCCAGUUUCUCGUGCCCUAAUGCUUUAGCCGGUAUCUGGUGGGCUGUCGUUACCAUGACAACCGUGGGUUAUGGUGACUUUUACCCCACAACGCCUCAGGGAUAUGUUGUUGGAGUACUUUGUUCCGUUUGUGGGAUUCUGCUUCUAGCUCUUCCGAUCGCUGUGACGUCAUCGAAUUUCAAUGACAUUUACAAUUUUAAUAAAUACAGAGAAAGGUAUCAGAGGUCAAAAUCAAAAUGUAUUAAUAACAAAUAA